UCUGGGGGUGCUUAGCGGUAAAAGCUCAGGAAUUUCUUCUUAAAUCUCGUCGAGUUUAUCCCCAUCAUCGGUCACACAGAAAUCGUUCGGCACUUAUAGUGGAUCCUACCCACAAGCUAGAGUAAGUAGAAGCCAAAGCUCGAGUCGAUCGUGUCCGGAACCCAGUGCACUUCUUCAGGUCGGAGCCGUAGAAGUGCCAGGAAAGUUACGAUUCAUUUCCGAUCAUGUUCGGAGACGAUUCAUUGCAGCAGUCAGAUCAUAGUUCUUACUAGCUACUUGCGGGCAGUCGCUAUCAAAACUGGGCAUUUUGUUGCAAGGAAUAUGCUAAGAUGGAGCAGCAACCGUAUGAUCGUCGCUUGUGUACAGUACUGCAAGGAUUAUCAGCUUUAGCUUGCAAGAAGGGAUGGAUUCGACAAGGUCAGUGCCAGCUGACUGACACUGUGACAGGCAAAAACGCCUUGGGAUGAUAAUCGUCACAGGACGGCUGCGACCUUUUCCUGCUGCUUUGAAAGUGACCGAUCCUAGUGGCCGAUCCGAAAGCUGCUGAUGCUCUUUUCUGGCGAAGGUAAAAUCCCACUGCAUAAAAGCGAUAUUGAUCGCACCAAGUCCUCAGUCAAGUGCGUGCAUGCCAGACCUGCACCAUGCUAAUCACCAAUUUGUAGCGAAUUCGAUUGUCAUGCAAGUACUACGUCCAGUGAUAGUUUGCUUUGAGUCGUGGAAGGCGCACCCUUCGUCGUUGAGAGAGAUGUCCAACUCGCAGAAAGCCAGUGCCGUUCUUGAGAUUAUCGUGAUGCAGCAUAUCUGUGUUAAGAUGUUGUCCCGGCAGUUUACUAUUGCUUCGAUGCUAACCCAAUAAGGCCGCAAUUCUGAAUACAAGUGAUUGUCAGAAGCGCAGAGAAAGAGACAGUAUAUAGGUAUGAACCUGCGCUUCGAAAAGAAUUAACAGAAGAGAAGCUAAUCCACGGUUGCCUGAAAGCUUAUGACUGAAUAGCAAACCUUGCUAAUGAGUGAAGGCAAAUGGUGGAGGCUGAAUGGUGAGACAAGGCACUACAUUCGAGCAAUGCGUCCUCGAUAGCAUUCGUCAUUUGUACACAAUCUUACACUAGCUCCGGUCGAUUCCCAGCCUCUUAACUUCACCUUGCGUUCUCACCUUACUUCGCAAGGAAACGUUGUAGCAGCAAUUGUGAUCAUGGGAGGCACAACGUGUGCAACACAAGUGGCCCCGGCGUCUGGCGCGUGUGUGUCGACCAGCCCGGGGUUCGAAGGGUUCGAGAAGCGCCUGGAGGUCGAGUUCCACGCCGCGCCGGUGUUCAAGGAUCCCAACGGACGCGGGCUGCGGGACCUGACGAGGGCGGAGUUGGACACGAUGCUGCGCGUGGCGGAGUGCACGAUCGUGGCGCAGAUGAGCAAUGCGGAGCUGGACUCGUACGUGCUGUCGGAGUCGAGCCUGUUCGUGUAUCCGCAGUGCAUUAUCAUCAAGACGUGCGGCACCACGAAGCUGCUGUGCGUGGUGCCGGUGCUGCUGGAGGCGGUGGCGCGGCUGGCGAUGAGGGUGAGGCGCGUGAAGUACACGCGCGGGACGUUCACGUUUCCGGCGGCGCAGCCGUAUCCGCACGGGAGCUUUUCGGAGGAGGUGGGGUAUCUGGAGAAGUACUUCGGGGGCGUCGGGGACGGCGGGCGGGCGUACGUGAUGGGGAGCCGGGGCAAGUUCCCGCAUUGGCACAUCUACACGGCGUGCGACGCGAAUGCGGAGGAUGCGAAGGCGGAGGAGGGAGUGUACACGCUGGAGAUGUGCAUGACGAAGCUGGACAAGUACGCGGCGGGGCAGUUCUUCAAGGGGAGCGGGAGGGAGAGCGGGUCGGAGAUGACGCAGGCGGCGCGCAUCCAGAGCUUGCUGCCGGGGUCGCGGAUCUGCGACUUCGCGUUCGACCCGUGCGGGUACUCGAUGAAUGGGAUCGAGGGAGCGGCGCACUCGACGAUCCACGUGACGCCGGAGGAGGGGUUUAGCUACGCGAGCUUCGAGGCGAUGGGGUACAGGGGCGGGGACGUGGACCUGGGGGCGCUGGUGGAGCGGGUGGUGGCGGUGUUCAAGCCCGCGGUGCUGGCGAUGAGCGUGCACGUGAGCGGGUGGGCGCGCGGGCGGGCAGGAUCGGGGUCGGGGUCGUGGGGGGCGUCGGUAUGUCCGCGCGGGUACGUGUGCAACGGGAGCAGCCGGCAGGAGCUGGCGUGCGGGGGCGCGGUGGUGUUCCACACGUUCCAGGACGCGACGAAGCUGGGGCGGGCGACGGCGGUGACGCCGCUGGCUUUGGCGCGCGGGGCGUACAUCAGGAAGCGGGGCUUGAAGAAGAUGUCGAUCAAGGGGAUCAAGUUGAAGAAAGAGACGGGGGCGAGCGCGGUGGCGGUAGGCAUGGUGAGCCACUUCCACUGUUGCAGGCUUGGCGAGGCUUGAUUGUUGCGUGUUGCGUUUCGGGGUGCUGUUAUAACAGUAUGUAAUGAUCGGAUAUUUGUGAAGAAUUUGUUUCACUUGGGAUACUUCAAGUUCACCGUGUUUGGUCAUCAGUUUCGAAAUACCAAACAUCAUUGUACAGUCAUCUAGAUAUUUUGGUAUUUAAAUUCAGGAUCCAGCGGAGAUUGUUGGUGGUUGUGGGUUUGCAGCCUUUUCGGGACAUGGCGUCAUCGUUCUUUAGGAGUACAGAAAGAAUGCUAGCAAUGGUCGACCACUGGUGGAAAUUUAGUCGCUUAAACCCUGUCACAUUCUUUAGAGUUAGGGUAAAUGGACCCAUUACAAUUUACGAAGAUUGCAAGAGGUGGCUGUUCUUAGAAAUCCUAAGCCACAAUUGAUGGAGGGAUCAGAAAUCUGUCUUCAGUUCCUUGCAACGGUACACCUACAUGAACAUUAUUAGAAACAUGUUCUCUACUUGACGAGUUGCUUCUGUUGUGGCCCUGUCAUUUAGAGUGCACUUGUGGGAGAAGUCACAAGUUCACCGUAGUCACCGAGUGGAUUUGCCAGAAAUGCCAGAUGAAAGUGUAAGCAGAUCUAUUCAUUGGCUAAAGUAGUUGAACAAACCUGAAUCGAGGAAGUAGCCUCGAUUAAGCAUUUCUAAUGCAUUGUACAACACUGCGUGUAAACAAGGAUACAUUUCACAACA